CUCAAGCCACCCUAUGCUUAUCUGCAAAAUAUUAAUAGGACUAAUUCCCCUUUACGGGAUCAUUUUAGUAUGUGAAACAUCUACCACCUAGAAGACACUCAGCAGAUAACGAGUGACUGCUGUCCUUGCAUGUCACCACCAUUAUUAGAACUGUUUCUAUAUCAGCCCAAGUCCUUUGGCUUUUGCAUAGAGAAAUAAGCUAUUGUUCAUGCCCACAGAAGUACAAAAGGAAGCACAAAGAGAUGGACAAAUAGAAGAGAUCAAGUAUGAGUACAAGAGGCUCUGAGUCCGUCUGGGGCACUGCUUGCAGGUGGCUUUGCCAGCAUUAUCUCUUCCCUCUUCUGGCUGCUGAAAUCUUGCCCAUUCUUCAGGAUCCAGCUUCUCUGGCAUGCCCUGUGACCAUCCUCCAGAACCAGGAUGGCCAACCCAACUCUGUCCUUCUGGCUCCUGGUGGCCGGACUGUGUCCUCACACCUAUUAUAGCCAAGAAUACCCUCCAGCUCCAGAGAUGCCGUCAGCCUCCUCGACUGCCCUGAACAAUUCCCACUUUGCCUUCCGCCUGUACAGAGAGAUGGUGGCUGCAAACCCAGGCAGAAAUGUGCUCUUCUCCCCACUGAGCGUCUCCAUUCCCCUGACUCUGCUGGCCCUCAAGGCCAAGCCAGCAGUUUGCUCUCAGAUCCUGAAGGCCCUGGGGUUUAGCCUCGCCGAGGUCGCUAAUGACCAGGCUCAGGUGCACUACAGUCAGCUACUUCGGGCCCUCCUGCCAGACCCCUGGAAGUGCCCGACAGAAAUGGGCAGCGUGCUGUUUGUGGACAAGAGGCGAAGCCUGGUGCGGAAGUUUAUCGAUACGGCCCAGAAUCUGUACCGCAUGGAUGUCUUCCUUACUGCCUUCAAGAGCUAUGCGACAGCCAGGGAUUACAUGGACUUCUUCAUAAGGAAGAAAACCCAUGGCAAAAUCGAGAAGCUCACCCAGAAGGUGAACCCAGACACUGUCUUGAUUCUGGCCAAUUAUAUAUUUUUCAAAGGGAAAUGGAAGCACUACUUUGACCCAAAGCUCACUGAGAUGAGGCCCUUCUCUGUGAAUGAGAAGCUCACGGUCCAAGUGCCCAUGAUGCAUCGGCUGGGCUAUUUCCAGCUCCAGUAUUUCCGUCACCUGCACAGCUACGUCCUGUGGUUGCCCUGCAGGUGCAACGCCAACACGGUCUUCAUUCUUCCCAACAUGGGGAAGGUCAGCGAGACAGAAGAGGCACUGCUGAAGGAGAAUUUUGACACCUGGACUCAGCCCUUGACACUGAGCAAAAGGAGGCUGUAUCUUCCAAAAUUCUCCCUACGUGCGAACGUUCAACUGGACCAAUUUACGCCGACGACGGGCAUCUCGGAUAUCUUCAGUUACAGCGCAGGCCUCACAGGGAUUUCUCUGCAGACCUUGCCCAUGAGGGUCUCCAAGGCGGUGCACGUGGCAGAGCUGACCGUGGAUGAGGACGGAGCAGAAAAGGAAGACAUCACUGGCCUCAGGUUUUCUCCCAGUCACCUCAUCCCCAUCCUGGAUUUCAACAGGCCCUUCCUACUAUUAGUUUUUGCAGAAGGCAGCCAUAAUUUGCUCUUCAUGGGGAAAGUGAUGAAUCCCAAGGCAAACUUGUCAUCAGGUGACAAAAGGGCAUUUCCCUGACCCCCUCCCUCCCAGUGUGUGCAAUGCUCGGGGCUCCUGAAGAAAAGGGUGCUCCAUGACUGGAGCCCUUUUGAAAUGUCCAGGCUUAUAGCCCUGUGUUCUGGUCUGUGCACUAAGGCCCCCCUGGGUGAAUAUGCCCAUUUCACAGGUUCGCAACCCACAAUCCAGAACGGUUAUACAAUUGCAGGCCAGAUUCUCAUGGACUUUUGCCAGUUUCCUGUCCUCUGUUGGUUUCUGGAUUUUCCCUUGUUUCCAAUUUUCUCAGGCUCACACCACCUGGCUUGUAGACUAGCUAUUUUCCUCUGGGGGAAUCAGCUCAAUAAAGCAGCAAAUGACAACCUUG